CCACAGCUUGUCUUGUUUGAAAAAGUGAGUUGUCAUUCGACGACUGAAGUGAAUGCUUAUAAUCAACUUGUAUAGUUAAUUAAUUGAACAUGGCUCUUCUUGGCGGUUACUCGGCCGGCUCUUUCCCCGAUUAUGAAGUUCAAGGAGCAAAGAAAGUGCACUUCAGCCCCUACGCCGAUAAUGGAGGGAGCGUCAUGGCGAUAGCUGGCGAAGAUUACGCCAUCAUUGCGGCAGAUUCACGAUUGAGUACUGGAUUCUCAAUAUUCACUCGCGAGCAGCAGAAAUUAUUUCCACUUUCCAACACAACUGUUUUGGGCUGCUCAGGUUGUUGGUGUGAUACCUUGACGCUCACAAGAAUCCUCCAGGCUCGUAUGCAGAUGUACAAACAUGAGCAUCACAAGGAAUUGACAACUCCUGCUACCGCACAAAUGUUGUCUACAAUGCUGUACUACAAGAGAUUCUUUCCCUACUAUAUUAGCAACAUUUUGGCUGGUUUGGAUGAGAAUGGAAAAGGAUGUGUGUAUAGCUACGAUCCUAUCGGACAUUGCGAACGAUCGAACUUCAGAGCUGGUGGCUCUGCCGGUGCUCUAUUACAGCCAUUGCUUGAUAAUCAGAUCGGUUACCAGAACCAGGAGGGUGUUGACAAGACUCCUUUGCCUCAAGAUCGUGCUUUAGCUAUUCUGAAAGAUGUCUUUAUAUCAGCUGCUGAAAGAGACAUUUACACUGGCGAUGGUAUUUUUAUAAAUAUCAUUACAAAAGAUGGCAUCAAGGCAGAUAAGUUUGACCUUAGAAAGGAUUGAUUUAAUAAUACGUAUUGUAAUUUCAUAUUGCCGAUAUCUGUUCUAUAAUAAAAUCUAAUAAUU